GUCACCAUCCACACACUCCGUGAUGUUAUAUAUAUGUACUGAAACUAUUCUUCUGGUGUUGGCUACGAUAGUUUUGACAGUAUGGACGGAGUGUGUCGACCAACACGAACUCUGCACUUCUUGGGAGAGUCUCGGGGAAUGCGCACUGAACCCUGCUUACAUGAUGUGCCACUGUCCUCAGUCGUGCAACACGAACUCCAUGUGUGCAGGAAUUAAUGCCACAGACCAAACCUGCCAGUGUGCACUCUACGCAGCCAAUGGACAGUGUCCUUUCAUGGCGUCCAUUUGUCCCUACACCUGUGACCGUCAUGAAGCCAUUACGUGUGACCCGCCAACUAGUUAUCCGCAUGCCGUAGCAACAGGAAAUCGAAGAUACCUCGAUCGAGUUGUGUACUUAUGUCGCUAUGGUUACCGUAACGAUGGAAACAUAGGACUGCGAGUUUGCCAGGAGACAGGAACCUGGAAGACGAUUAAUGACGAGAAUGGACUUCCGCCUGUCUGUGUACCUGAUGAAAAGCCUGAACUCCCUUGUCAGGAGCCGAUGUUGGCCUUUUCCCGACUACAGGAGCCGGUGAUUUCUAGUGUGACUAUUUUGGAGUCCACAGUGAACAACAACGUUGCAGAAUGUGCGGACCGAUGCCUACGGAAACACGGAUGCACCCAUUUUACUUACAACAUGACGUUGUGCAACCUUUAUUAUGACGUCGUCAUUAACGUAUAUAAUACUCCAUCAGGUGAUAUGUGGGAGAAAAAAAUCACUAUUCAAUCAUUGUAUCCCUCUCUAGUUUAAAUUGACUGCAUUGAUUUUUCCAUCACGAGGGAUAAAUAUUUCAAAGUUUCAUCGCUCAAGGAUCUUUUUUAUCAGGUAAAUUCUCAUUUAAUUCUUGCUCUUUUAAAAGAAAUUGACUUAAUUGAUUUUAUAAUUGGUUGAAUAAAUCAAUAACUGAGAUUGUUAGUGGCUAUAUCCUCGAUGGGGGUUAAAGUAGUGUAAAAUUAUUGUCCCCCUUAGAGGAUAUGUAAGACCACGUCUUUCAAAGUAUAUUCAUUUCAGCCACGUUUUUAAUCGCAGUAUAUAUGUUCUUUUAAACUGUGGCUAAAUUUGUCAAUAAUCGCCAACAGCUGAGGGGAUGAUGUAAAUCCGGCUGGGGUCCAUGUAGGUAGCAAAAGUACUGUACGUCCCCAGGGACCAUAGCAUGGUGACCUACCUUCAGAUGCUGGUGAUCUAUAGCCCUUUUUUAAAUUAUAAUGUUUCAUGACUAUUUAGGGAUAUCUUUUUAUUGUUGUAUGCUAGUUUUAAAACAUUAAAUCUGUGAUAUUCUAGUACUUUUACUGUCCAUCGCUGAUAGGUUCUGAUGUGGUUUAAAUAUAUGUAUAAAUACUGUAUAACUUCUCGUCACGAUAUGGCUGAAAUAUUGCCGAUGUGACGUUAAGCAUAAACUCACUCACUCACUCUUGUUUAAAUGAUCAAGUGACUUUAAAAGAUGAGGAAACAGGUCACACAAAUUAAAACCAGUGGGUCCAUGUUUUGUGAAACAUUUACAAAAACAAAAUGUUUGUUGCCAUACCUCUCAUCAGUCCCUCGCUCCUACUUCAUAGAAUGGACCCCCUUAGGCGUUAGGCCAAAACAGGCAGAAUAAUAAUGUGCCAUACAAUAUAGUACGAGACAUCUUCCAUCAGUUCCUUGCUCAAAGCAAAGAAUGGCCUUAUCUGAGUGAGUGAGUGAGUGAGUUAGUUUGGUUUUACGCCGCUUUUAGCAAUAUUCCAGCAAUAUCACGGCGGGGGACACCAGAAAUGGGCUUCACACAUUGUACCCAUGUCGGGAAUCGAACCCGGGUCUUCGGCGUGACGAGCGAACGCUUUAACCACUAGGUUACCCGACCGCCCCUGGCCUUUUCUGGAGGCAUAAUCAAGCAUAAUAAUAAUGUGCAUUAGCAUCUAGAACAUCUACGCAUGUCCCAAACAAAACUUCCAGUUCUUGGGGUCAUGCCCAUUAAUAACUUGACCUACUGCUUGACCGGCAUCACUAAUUAUUUCUUUAUUUCAUGUAAAAAUACUUAUUAUAACCUUUUAACUCCUUGUACGAUAUUAUUUUGAGUGUAUAUUUAAUUGCAAUAUCUGUAUGUUGUCUGUUAAAAAUACAGUUUUCGUUGUAUAAGUAUUAGAAAUAUGGAUCAAUUAAUCCAACAAGUAGAGAUUGCUGCAGAGCAUCAAUUGUUCCCCGCAAUACAAUGCUAUGUUCAGAGGAAGGAAGUGUAAGCUAUGGAAGGAGAGAAUUGGU